AUGACAGGUCGUAACAGCGGGGUAGCCACUCGCAUCAGAGAGGUGGCACCUGAGAUGCGCUGGACUCACUACAGUAUCCACCGUGAGGCGCUGGCAGUGAAGAAGAUACCUGAUGACCUGAAGUCUGUGCUGGACUCUGCUCCGCAUUUUCCUUCACUCCCACAGAGACAGAUCGUGGAGCUGACGGUGGCGGAGGCUGUGAUGGAGGAGAUCGGCGACACCAAGCCGCCCCGCAUCAAGCCGCCCAGCACCAAGCCGCCCCGCAUCAAGCCGCCCCGCAUCAAGCCGCCCCACACCAAGCCGCCCCGCACCACGCUGCUCCGCAUCAAGCCGCCCCGCACCAAGCCGCCCCGCAUCAAGCCGCCCCGCAUCAAGCCGCCCCGCACCAAGCCGCCCCGCAUCAAGCCGCCCAGCAUCAAGCCGCCCAGCACCAAGCCGCCCAGCACCAAGCCGCCCCGCACCAAGCCGCCCCGCAUCAAGCCGCCCAGCACCAAGCCGCCCCGCAUCAAGCCGCCCCGCAUCAAGCCGCCCCGCAUCAAGCCGCCCCGCACCAAGCCGCCCCGCAUCAAGCCGCCCCGCACCAAGCCGCCCCGCAUCAAGCCGCGCCGCAUCAAGCCGCCCCGCACCAAGCCGCCCAGCAUCAAGACGCCCCGCAUGAAGCGGAUCUGCCCCACGCACCAAGCCGCAACGCGCCGCUCCACAACGUCCCGCACUACGCGGCACCACACCGUACCACGCAGCACCGCGCAAAGGGAGUUUCAGAGGUCAAGUUUGUCGUAG